UCCUCCGCAAAUAAAAUAAAUAAAAAAACAAAAAAAACGUUGAUUGUUUCAUCGCAAAAAUAAUGUGUCUUAAUUUGCAUAAUUGAAAGUGACUCAACGUGUAAUCUGAGUUCAAUGUGUGGUACGCGAUUAUUUCCGAUCGUCAAUUAAUUAAGUGUCUUCCAAAAUGGAAUCGCGUACACGAAUAUUAAUUCUCUGCUUAUUAUACGUCGCUUGCGUUUCUGAAGUAUUAUCAGAAGAACUCGAGUUCGGAGCGAGAGUUUCGAGAGCGGGAGACGUCGAAGAUCCGAGAGUAGAUACACCUAUACAGGAAACUGAUGGACUUGAUAGACAAUACGCAUAUAAAUUACGCGAUAAAAGAGCUCUCGGUCUUCUACUAUCGGGUUUGGCGCAGAUCUUUGGCUACACGGUGACUCCGAUACAAAUCGCCUCGCUGCCGAAUCCGUCGAACAUCACAAGACCUGUCGCAAUGUCGAACACGCCUACGAUAGGUAACAUCGUGGGACAACAAGUUGCGUCUUCUCGACCGACGUCAAUGAACGUCACGGCGCCGGUUCGGAAAGAACAGGAAACUAUCAGAUUCACCGGGGUGUUAAACUUCGGCAAUAAUUCAGACAUUGUGGGGCACCUUCAGCGCUACGAGCAGAUCUUUCACGGUCGUCAAAAUAACAUGACAAAUACAAUCCCGCGACCCAUAUCGAUGCCGAUGUCUCUCCCGACAAUUCCGGAUCCGGGAAUGAACUCGGUGACCAGACCACCUUUGCUGGCGCCAUUUUUCGUGAAGAUUCCGUUGCCAAUCUCGCCUGAUCUUAUACCACUCAUGCCGAUUGAGAAUAUCAAGUUGAAUCUCACCCCGGAUGUUUCAAUCGCGAACGAAGCAAACAAGACCGCGGAAACGCCGGUUCGGAAAGAGCAGGAAGUGAUAUAUAAAAAUAAUGAGAAUAAAGAACUAUACACGGUGGAGAAAAAGAAUAUCUACGAUGAGAAGGACGUGAUGAAACCGGUGAACAUAUAUAAUCAUCAAUUACACAUCGACGAGCCGAGCUCGCAGCAGAAUGAUAAACAGCAACAGGAAGAGCGCGUUGAACAGCUGAAGGAUCAGAAGGUACGGACAAACUGCGACAGGAAUACACAUCAUAAAGAAGACGAGAUAAUCGAGAGAGAUAGAAACCGAGAAGAGGAAAUCGCUAAUCGAAAUCCAGAGCACGCUUCCAAUUACAAACCAACAGGGAAGAAAAAACCAGCAUAUGACGAUGAAGAAAAUGAUGAUGAUGAAAAAGAUUCAGCCGAAAGAUACGAAGAACGUAAUCAAGAAAAUAAGUCUUCGAAGCAGCAUCUAAAGAAGGAUGAAAGCGAAGAGGAGGUUGAAGACGACGAUUCCGACAAACCGUUUCGCGGAUACAAGCAACCUGAGAACUUCGAUAAGUAUAUAAUCGGCUAUAAUCAGCAAUUACCUCUCGGCGACUAUUAUCACGAAGGUCACCCUGAAAUGAUCCGCGACAGCUACGGUGAAAUAUUGAACAAUAAAAAAUUAGAGGACGACAGAAUCGCCGGUUACCUUAGCAUGUUCAAGCAUCCGUACGUAUACGAUUCGCAGAGUGUUCGCAAUCCUGAAGACGCAUCUGAGGAAGAUGAAAGAAGGCCAUCUACCGCAGACGCUUACGAGGAACACUUGACUAGAUUACAGAAACUCAGAGAAGAAUACGCCUUGCCGAAGAAUAAAUAUGAAGAGUACGACUUGAAUGAUGAGGGUGAAGCGCAAAGAGAUGACAGAGAUCACGAAAAACUUCAGAAUCUUACAUCGGCGCGAGGUCCUAAAACAGGACGUGUUCGUGUCGAGGAUAAUCGCGCGAAAACUGGACCGCCAAGGCAAAAUAUUCUGCACGACGAUGCCGCGAAAUUCGAGACCACAAAGGAAGAAAUCGAUUUCGGGAAACACGUGCCUCUGAUCGUGCCUAUACGUUACAUCGAUGCGAAUGAGAAGACGCAGCAGGCGACGACGCGACAGCUGAUCUACGAAGACACGAAUAAAUUGCCGAACGGCCGAUUUUCCGGAAACAACGUCGGUUCCACGCGAACCCUCGCCAAAGAGAAGCUGACUCCGCAGAUCGGUUUACCGGAACGACCGCGAAAAUUGCACGAAGGCGAGCACAAGGAACUGCAAGUAUGGCCACCGCCUUUUGAUUACGCCUUCGACAAUACGCAACCGGUGAACACUAUAAUUUCGCCGAAUUCGCAGAAUUAUCCUUUAAAUUAUUACCAACAUGUAAAAAAUAUCGCGGCAAAUGACGCGAACGACAACUCUUCGGAACAACCUUCCGGUUAUCUGGUGGUCGUUGGUAACUCAGCAAAUCCCUAUCGAAAUCCUUAUGUUUAUUAUUUCCCAAACGAAAACAUAAAUCCGCAAAAUUCAGAUUAUCAUCUCAAUACCGAAGGCACGUAUCAGCGAAAUCAAAUCCACGUUCCUCAACAAAAUACUAAUCAACAAUUCAUCCGAACGAACUCUAAUCUUACCAAAUAUAAUCUGAACGAGACCAAGAGAGACCGCUAUCAUCAACCACCUGAAGAACCAAUCAAUGUUCUCGAUCGUUAUAGAUAUAUUUUUGGAGAAAGUAAUCCUGAAGGCAAAGAAUCAGUUAAUAUUAACGUAAGAACUCAAACUCCUAAUAUAGAAAAUUGGUCGAACAAAAUAUAUCAAUCGCAAGCCGAACAACCUUCUCCGGUCUUCGUGCAACUGCAGAAUCAGAAUGUGGCAACUUCAAAUCAGAACGUACAAAGUAGACCUUUAAAUUCGCGUUAUUCGCGGCCAUUAACGAGACAAAAGAAUUCGCAACCAAAGGACCAACGCAAAAAUAAUAAGGCAAGGAUUCCGCAACCGAUCCCGACAAGUAAACCCUUCGACGAUCCUCAGAGCGCGCACGACUUCUUCGGCUUCAACAAGGACGAUUAUAGUUUCGCGGGCGAAAGCAGCGACGCAUUGAAAGUUGCUGAAGAGAAUGGUAAAAUUGUGAAAGAAUCGGACGUGCCUGUCGAACCGGUCGUUUAUCAUCAUGAAAGUGUCGUGCAACACGCCGAUGAACCGGAAAAUGAUACGGAGAAAGCUACAGUCACAGAGUACAGGAAUAAAGUAGCGACCUUGAAGAUAUCGGAGCAGAGGCAAUUAAAACCGAACGGACCGAUCCAUUACGUAGACUUUAUACGCAAUAUUUAACUUCGGUAUUUCCGGUAGAAAGAAUUCUAGUAAAAUAUGCGACGUGGUUGUUACAUAAUUUGUAUAUUAUAUUAAUGAAACUUAUUUUGUGACGUAGAAGAUUUAUCACAUGUUUAAUAUCAGCAUCUGUUGCU